GUUACCGUCUCUGUGGUGCAGGGCCCUCCGCAUCUCGUCCUGUCGGUGGGUCAGACCGCGCAGAUGUCCUGUAACAUUACACGUGCCGGAAACAUAAAGAUUCUACAUCAUUACUGGCAUAUAAAUACAUCCGAAUAUUCCACUGCGCUGGUCAAUAGUUCAAGAGUCACCGUUAUGCCCAGCUCUCUGGUCAUCUCCCCAGUCACCACCAACGACACCGGGCGCUAUAUCUGCUCCUGCCGGGACUCCGAUCUAAACCUGUAUGAAGGAAAUGGGACACAUCUGCUGGUCAGAGUUCCCGCAGGACAGACCACAGCCGCAGUUCAUCCCCAUCAUCCUCACCAUCAUCAUCAUCGCCAUUACCUGUAUCUACUGCUCAUCCCACUGUUGAUCUCUGUCCUUCUUCUCUGCUGGAAAUACUCACCCAGAAAAGGACGCAGGACACCGGAGACGUCUCCUGAUGUGAGAGGGGAGAGCGACAGACAGGAGGGCAGUGACACAGAUCUGCACUAUUCCACCAUAUUCCCUCAGCCAGGCGGUGUACGCACAAUGCAGGAGGCGUCCCGGAAGAGGAGGGCAGAGGAGGUGGAAUAUUCUCCUGUGAGGAUUGUAAUGUCUGCUCGGCCCACCGCAGCUGCACAGCGCCAGGCCAACAUGGACGAUGCCAAUAUAUGUUACGCCACUCUAACAAUGCACGCAGAACAUUAACCAUCAUUAGAGGAAACCAUCUUAUGGUAACUGGCGAGGUGUAUUUUCCUGCAGAUAAUAAUACACAUACCCACGCUUGGCGGUGGAUUGCCACCCUGCAUCAAUAAAGCAAGUGGCUUGUGUAUAGGCUACUGACAGGACUGGGACUCAGACUCACUGACAGGAUGGACAGGGACACCGGCAGGACUGAGGGACAGGCACACUGACAGUGUUGGGAGACAGGAACACAAGACAGGGAUACACUGACAGUGCUGAGAGACAGACUCACAGGACAGGGAUACACUGACAGUGCUGAGAGACAGACUCACAGGACAGACACACUGACAGUGCUGGGAGACAGACUCACAGGACAGAGAGACACACUGACAGUGCUGGGAGGCAGUAUCACAGGGCAGACACACUGACAGUGCUGGGAGACAGGAUCACAGGACAGAGAGACGCACUGACAGUGCUGGGAGACAGUCUCACAGGACAGACACACUGACAGUGCUGGGAGGCAGGAACACAGGACAGACACAUUGACAGUGCUGGGAGACACUCACAGGACAGAGACACACUGACAGUGCUGGGAGACAGGCUCACAGGACAGACACACUGACAGUGCUGGGAGACAGGCUCACAGGACAGACACACUGACAGUGCUGGGAGACAGGAACACAGGGCAGACACACUGACAGUGCUGGGAGACAGACUCACAGGACAGACACACUGACAGUGCUGGGAGGCAGGAACACAGGACAGACACUGACAGUGCUGGGAGACACUCACAGGACAGAGACACACUGACAGUGCUGGGAGACAGGCUCACAGGACAGACACACUGAUAGUGCUGGGAUACAGGAACACAGGGAAGACCCACUGACAGUGCUGGGAGACAGACUCACAGGACAGACACACUGACAGUGCUGAGAGACAGACUCACCAGACAGACACCCUGACAGUGCUGAGAGACAGACUCACAGGACAGACACACUGACAGUGCUGGUAAACAGACUCACAGGGCAGACACACUGCCAGUGCUGGGAGACAGACUCACAGGACAGAGAGACACAUUGACAGUGCUGGGAGACACUCACAGGACAGAGACCCACUGACAGUGCUGGGAGACAGACUCACAGGACAGACACACUGACAGUGCUGAGAGACAGACUCACCGGACAGACACCCUGACAGUGCUGAGAGACAGACUCACAGGACAGACACACUGACAGUGCUGGUAAACAGACUCACAGGGCAGACACACUGCCAGUGCUGGGAGACAGGCUCAUGGGACAGAGAGACACAUUGACAGUGCUGGGAGACACUCACAGGACAGAGACACACUGACAGUGCUGGGAGACAGGCUCACAGGACAGACACACUGACAGUGCUGGGAGACAGGAACAUAGGGAAGACACACUGACAGUGCUGGGAGACAGACUCACAGGACAGACACACUGACAGUGCUGAGAGACAGACUCACAGGACAGACACACUGACAGUGCUGGGAGACAGACUCACAGGGCAGACACACUGACAGUGCUGGGAGACAGACUCACAGGACAGAGAGACACACUGACAGUGCUGGGAGACAGGCUCACAGGACAGAGAGACACACUGACAGUGCUGGGAGACAGACUCAUGGGACAGAGAGACACACUGACAGUGCUGGGAGACAGGCUCACAGGACAGAGAUACACACUGACAGUGCUGGGAGACAGACUCACAGGACAGAGAGACACACUGACAGUGCUGGGUGACAGACUCACAGGACAGACACACUGACAGUGCUGGGAGACAGACUCACAGGACAGAGAGACACACUGACAGUGCUGGGUGUCAGACUCACAGGACAGACACACUGACAGUGCUGGGUGACAUGCUCACAGGACAGAGAGACACACUGACAGUGCUGGGAGACAGGCUCAAAGGACAGAGAGACACACUGACGGUGCUGGGAGACAGACUCACAGGACAGAGAGAAACACUGACAGGGGUUCACU